UGUGGGAGGAGGGCCCAAGCCCCGCUGGAGAAGCCGUUUAGGGUCGGUACCCCAGGAACCCGCCCUCUGGCCAGAGGGACGCUGGGUUGUGGCAUUUCUCCAGCUGCUCCCUACAGAGAGAGAACCCAUGGGGCCUAAAGUCUUGACCUCUGACCCUGGGGACGCCCAGCCCAGGCCUGCCCCAACACCAACAGUCAGGGGGCAGCAAAUUUUUAACUAGACACACUGAUCAUUAACAGGGUAGGAAGGAGUCCAAACUCAGCCUCGCGCAGGGGCAGAGACCAGCUGGGCUUCAGGCCUCUUGCAGAGAUGCUGGGCCGUGGAGUCUGGUCUUCCCUGAGGCAGGGGCUGAACAGGGGCUUGUCCAGGAAGGUGGGGGGCUGGGCCUCAGGAGAGGGAAGGAAGAUGGACAUUGCAGGCAUCUACCCCCCUGUGACCACCCCCUUCACUGCCACCGCGGAGGUAGACUAUGGGAAACUGGAGGAGAAUCUGCACAAAUUGGGUGCCUUCCCCUUUCGAGGCUUCGUGGUGCAGGGCUCCAACGGCGAGUUCCCCUUCCUGACCAGCAGCGAGAGGCUGGAGGUGGUGAGCCGAGUCCGCCAGGCCAUGCCCAAGGACAAACUGCUGCUAGCUGGCUCUGGCUGCGAGUCCACUCAAGCCACGGUGGAGAUGACUGUGAGCAUGGCCCAGGUUGGGGCUGACGCCGCCAUCGUGGUGACCCCUUGCUUCUAUCGUGGCCGCAUGAGCAGCGCCGCCCUCAUUCACCACUACACCAAGGUCGCUGACCUCUCUCCGAUUCCUGUGGUGCUCUACAGUGUCCCAGCCAACACGGGGCUAGACCUGCCGGUGGAUGCGGUGGUCACGCUUUCCCAGCACCCAAACAUCGUGGGCAUCAAGGACAGUGGUGGCGAUGUGACCAGGAUGGGGCUGAUUGUUCACAAGACCGGGAGGCAGGAUUUCCAGGUGUUGGCUGGAUCGGCUGGCUUCCUGCUGGCCAGCUAUGCUGUGGGAGCUGUGGGGGGCGUGUGUGCCUUGGCCAAUGUCCUGGGGGCUCAGGUGUGCCAGCUGGAGCGACUCUGCCUCACAGGGCAAUGGGAAGAUGCCCAGAAGCUGCAGCACCGCCUCAUUGAGCCAAACACUGCGGUGACCCGGCGCUUUGGGAUCCCCGGGCUGAAGAAAACCAUGGACUGGUUUGGCUACUACGGAGGCCCCUGCCGCGCCCCCUUACAGGAGCUAAGCCCCACGGAUGAGGAGGCGCUGCGUAUGGAUUUCACCAGUAAUGGCUGGCUCUGAGAGCAAGGAGAGGACAUGCCUGGCCUGAGCCCAUCUCGUCUUCCUGCCUUGUACCUGGAGCUGAAGAGGCACAUGGGCCUGUUUCCCUAGUUCAGCCUUGCAGCUGGCCUCUGACCAGGCUCUGCUGUGCACACCCACUUCCUAUUUUCAUAGUCCUAUGACUGCUGGCAUUUGUAUCCUGAACUCUGGCUCUCUAGAGACCUUCAGUCUGGGAAGGAGCAAGUGCUUUCCUGUGCCCCAGGACAUGUGACUAGGAUCCAGAGGGGAAGAACAGGGGGGGCAACCAGGUGCAAGGAAGGUCAUGUAUCUUACUGAUGGGAAGACCGCUGAGACUUGGGGUAUACACCCGAGCCCAGCACAUGCAGCACAGAGCCCGGGCUAUUCUUAAGAACCCAAGUUCUUACUCCUUCCAGGGAAAGUGGUCGGUUAGGAAACCUGAUCAGAAAAGCAUCACUAGCCUUUGAAAUCCAACCCCACCCCCACCCCGUCUGCAUUCCAGACACAGCGCUCUUUCCUAAACCCAUUUUGAUCAUCUCCUAUUCUUAUCUCUAGCCUUGAUCUUAACUAGAGAGCACAGACCCGGCCCAGUG